ACGCCUAAUCAAUACAUUCUGACCCUCCUGCUCGUCGUCCACAGUAUUCGCCAUGGCCCCCAAAAUCGACCCUAACGAAAUCAAGAUCAUCUACCUCCGGGCGACGGGAGGUGAGGUCGGUGCCUCCUCUGCAUUGGCUCCCAAGAUCGGUCCUUUGGGUCUGUCACCGAAGAAGGUCGGUGAAGAUAUCGCAAAAGCAACCGGCGCAUGGAAGGGUCUUCGUGUUACCGUUCAACUCACCAUCCAAAACCGACAAGCUAAGGUUGACGUCGUUCCCUCCGCAUCCUCCCUCGUCAUCAAAGCUCUCAAGGAACCCCCACGCGACCGCAAGAAGGAGAAGAACAUUAAGCACAGUGGUAACAUCACGUUCGACGAGAUCGUCGAGAUCGCACGUACAAUGCGAUCAAAAUCCCUUGCCAAGACUCUCGCAAGUGGCGCGAAGGAGAUCCUGGGUACUGCCCAAUCUGUCGGCUGCACCAUCGACGGCCAACCCCCACAUGAUAUUAUUGACCAGAUCAACUCGGGGGAGAUUGAGGUGCCAGAGGAGUAGAUGGACGGAUCGCUUCAUGUUUAUUUGCAUUGUACGUUUUCAUUAUACAUUAUGGCAUGCGACCAUCUAUGGCGCCAUGGUUCUGAAUCACUGAGCUCCUCCUGUGCAAUAUUCUACCUUCAUGCGUCAAGAGUCUUUCUCGUUCUUCGUUUUAAUUGUGUGUAUGCUGCUGAACCUCUGCGGUGUAGGAACUGAUCGCCGUUACUUGAGCAAAUGUGCUGGGACAUAUGGUAUAAAAUUGCUUCUAGACUUGCCUGCUCAACGAUAUCACCACUAGCAGAUCGCACGUCCAUAUUCCCAUGCUCUGAUUGUCGAUCUACCUUAGGAUUCAGAAAGGCAUAACUAUGGGGAUAUGUUCUUUGAUUGCUAUACACAGAAAGCCGUACGCAAAAGGCGGUGAGGGCAGUUCU